AUGGGGACGCAGCAGACUCUGAGCCAGAUCCGGGAGCUCUGCGGUCAGCGGCUGCAGACCCACACCAAGGAGCAGAUGAUGGAGCUGCUGGUGCUGGAGCGUUUUCUGGGCACCCUGCCCGAGGAGGUGCGGAAGUGGGUGAGGUCCCGGCGGCCCAAGAACAGCAGGGAGGCAGGGAUCCUGGUGGCCAACCUGAUCCAAGCGUGCCGGGAGGAAGAUUUCCCCGCUCAGAGCCCUGGCCUCGCCGAAGAGAGGAACGCCGAAGACGAAGAUCACCAGAAGAGGGAACCGACCACGCCAGACGCCUCGCCCCCCGCUGGGCGCGAGGAGCUGGUGACUUUCCAGGACGUGUUUGUGCACUUCAGCCCGGAGGAGCUGAGCUCGCUGAGUGCCGCUCAGCGGCGCCUCCACCAGGAGGUGAUGCGGGAGAACUACCAGAGCCUGGUCUCCCUGGGGUACCACUUCCCCAGACCCGACAUCGACAUCAUCGCGCAGCUGGAAGAGGAGUUCUGGGCGAUGGAGGAAGGCAGCGAGGCAGAGACAGGCUCAGAUGAGGAGACAGGACCCGAGGCCCAAGAGCCACCCCCAGAGCAGCGCCAGCCCAUGGAAGAGCCGCACCCGCCCGUGGAAGAGCCGCACCCGCCCGUGGAAGAGCCGCACCCACCCGUGGAAGAGCCGCACCCGCCCGUGGAAGAGCUGCACCCGCCCGUGGAAGAGCCGCACCCGCCCGUGGAAGAGCCGCACCCCGCGGGGGCAGGAGCGGAGGGAGCGGAAGACCCGGAAGCAGGCAACCCCCGGCCUGGAGGGCCCCCGGGAGAGGCUGUUCAUCCCCACGACCCACUAGAUUUGUACCAGGCCCGCGAGCGGACACCCCCGCGCCAGGUCCUCGCUCGGGAAAGGACCCCUGUCCGUGACGAUUCGGAGAGACAUUCAGAGGGUCCCCGGGAAGGUCCCCCGUCGCCUGACAGUCAGCCUUCCCUGCAGCACGACGCCGCAAUCCACACGUGCGAAGUUUGCCUGAGCUCCUUCAGCACCCGAGACGCCCUUCAGAGGCAUUUCCGGAUGAACCACGUGAGGAGGCUGUACUGGGAAAGCUUCGUCCUGGUGCCCUGCCUCAGCCGACCCGCCCCCGGUGAUCUUCCUUCUGCUCCGGGCAACCCGCCGCCCGUGUUCCCGAAUGUCCUCCGGCUGAGACCCGCCCCCGCCGCCCCCGCCGGCGGUCACCAUGAGUGUGCCCACUGCGGCAGGGUCUUCGUCCAAGACGCGCAGCUCCACCAGCACCUCGAUACCCACCGGGUGGUGAUGGCCCUCCCGCCGCCGCCGGCCCCGCCCCGCCGCCGCGGGUCACACCUCAUCCGCUACCAGCAGGCGGCGCACAGCCACGCGGGGGCCCUGGCCCACCAGUGCAGCGACUGCAGCAGAGCCUUCAACCAGAGCUCGCACCUCGUCUCGCACUACCGCACCCACGCCCAGGAGCAGCCCUUCCAGUGCAGGCUGUGCGGGAGGUGUUUCAGCCGGCCCUCGCAGCUCACCCGGCACUACCAGCUCCAUCCUCCUCCGCCGCCGCCGCCUCCUCCUCCUCAGGAGGACCCCGGAGGGUGCAGUUGCAGCUGA